AUGAUUGGAGGAAAAACUGGAACAAGGUUGUUUGAUGGAGAGCCGUUUACAAAAUAUACUGUUGAAAUUUUUCCUUCGGCUCCUGAAGGCGGUGCGACUGGAGGAUCGUUUAACCCGACUUGGAUUCCUGGGACUCAGCUUCCUGAAGCCAUUUAUGGUCAGUCAUCAACAGCUCUUCUCGAUACUGUUUAUGUCUUUGGCGGCCUUCAAGUCCUCUCCCGCAGUACUCGUCGGUCGGAAGUCUACGCUCUUGUUCCUGAAGCAUCCGAGUGGCUUCUCAUUGGAAAUAUGAAUAUGGCCCGGUCAAGAGCUGUUGUCGUCAACUUUGGCUAUCAACUCGUCGUUCUUGGCGGUUGCGAUGGAGGUUGUGCUGCGGAACUCUUUACUCCUGCUAUCUCAAGAUUUCAAUUUAUGAAUUCUUGGGUCAAAGCCGAUGGCAGUUUCAGUGAAGCUGGAGAAGUUUGGCCGUGGAGCUGCUCUGUUGACCUUUGUUACCAAAUUUACUCUGAUAGCUCUAUCGAGAUUUUGAGAGGACUUGGAUACACCACUCUUGGUACUACAGCAUCUACCCUUUACGAAACCACACCAGCAGAAAUGGAGCUUUACGAUCUUGUCACAGACGCAGAAGAAAUUCCAUUCUAUACCACUGGAAGCUCAAAUUUAAUACCUUUUGAGACAACACCAUCAUCUCUUCUCAUACCUUAUGAAACAACGGCCUCCUCGAGUCUGAUCGGCACAACUCCCUCUUCAAACAUCGUUUUGUAUGAAACCACACCAGAUGUCUCGACUCUGCUGGAAAUGAAAGAAUAUGAAGUAGAAGAAACGGAGGAAAAGUCAUUUUUGGACACAUUGAGUGAUACCAAAUUCACAUUUACGACUUCAAGCCCUCCUUCAGAAUGCACCCUUUCUGCCAUUCUUUGCGAGCUGAUCGGAGCUCCGAGUUCUUCUGAAUCAAAUCCGAAAGUUGCUACUACAGUCAGUUCAACUACGCCGUUUACGCUUUUCAAGAAAACAGAGCAAAUUAAAGAAGAGGUCGAUGAUGAAAUAAUUCUUGACACAACGCAAAUUUACCUCGAAACAACGACCACAGUCGCACCAAGUUUGACAAUAUCUUUGGAUACGUCCACAAAAGGCCCAACGCCCUCUCCAGAAACGGGAACAAGAAAAGAAAUUACUCGGGAUCUUUUCCGAGACUCGAUGAACUUCAGUCUCAAUCAAAAAACUCGCCCGACAAGCACAACUGUCACCCAAAAACCAAGUACAGCAGAAACCACUUCAGAUACCUCAAACAGUACAGAAAUAACAGAAACAAAGAAAAAUGAGGAGAAUUUAACAAGCAGUCCGAAGGAGGAGAAGUCUAAAUCUAAGCAAUCUUCGUCGCCAAAUUCUUCCAAAAACAACUUCGAUAGACUAUUUAAUGUUAUGACUUCACUUAUAAUUCUUGCACUGAUGUAA